UUUAAAGCCCUCAUUCCUCUCAUCCACCGUUCCGUUUCUUCUUCUCACGAAUCCUCGAGCCAAGCAAUCUUCCUUGGCUUCCUAAAGGCCCGUUGUAGAGAGUCCAGGGAAAAAUAAACACUUUUUAAUGGCAUCUAGAGUUUCUCUAAAGACUAAAGGCAAAGGAGGGAAGGGAUCUAAGGGGUCGGAUGAGAAAUCAGCUGCACGGUGCUUGAAAGAGUGGAGCACAUGGGCUAUGAAGAAAGCCAAAGUGGUAACACACUAUGGCUUCAUUCCACUGGUCAUCAUCAUCGGCAUGAACUCUGAACCCAAACCCCAGCUUUAUCAAUUGCUAAGCCCUGUCUGAUUAAGUUGGUUACCUAUUGUAAUUGGCUGUUGCCUAUCUGUCGAAUCUACAUGGUAUUAUGUUUGGGGCUUGUCUUUUACAUGAUGUUGGCUGUUUUAUCCUAUAUGCAUUUGAAUAAUCAUGAGCGCUGUGCAUUUUAUGGGAAUUUGAGUCUUAUUUGAAAUUCUUUAUGUUUUCU